AUGGCAAGUGUCGAAAGCAUUAAAAAGAAGGAAAAGCUAAUUUCCAGAAAUUAUGUUGACAGAAAAUCAAGACGCAUCAGAGUCAAGACCCCUGAGGAGAUAGCCUUUUUAGAAGAGCAGUUUGCUAAGGAUCCCUCUUGGACAAGGAAGACAGUUAAGCAUUGCAAGACAAUUCUGGGUUUAUCCACUAAUCAAAUAUAUAAGUGGGGAUUUGACAAGAAGAACCUUCUACAAAGGUACAAUCGGCCAGAUAAUAACUGUAAAAUUGGCAAUAUCAAUAAUCGGAACAAGCGGACAGAAAGCAUUAUCCGUCUCAAUAAUCGGCUCAGGAAGAACAAUGACAAUCAGGAAGGAUUCAUGAAUCACAAUCGAAGGAAUGACACAGUUCUGGAAGGGGACGAUACUCAUGCCUGAGAAGAACUUUCUACUGUCGACUAUAAUCUAGAGGUCAAGAAUAUUUUCGAAGGAAUCCAAAAUGCUACUAAAGAAGAGACAACUAAGGACGAAGAUGAUGCCAGCCAGACUUGUGGAGAGGAGGGAACUCUUCCAUCCAAGUCAACUUUACUGGAGGAGAAGACCUGGAUUGACAAGAUCUGGGAGGAGCCUUAUAAGUUCUCUGAUUAUGUAGCCACAAGCAACAACUGCUUUUAUUUUUCAGAGUUUGCCCAGAUGGAGAGGCUCAAUAGUUAUAACACGACAGGAGUUACAGGGCUUAACAAUGUGUGAACAUUGUUUAAUGAGGAAAAUAAUAGCUUCUUCACUUAAGAAGACUUAGAGUAUCAGUUGGAGAAAAUAAUAUCACACUCUAAACUCGUCUCAGGCGGACGUCCGCUCUUUAAAAGUAUUUUUGACG